UGCGUAUGACAUUUCCACUCUGAAAUGUGUUCGCUGGUCCUGUGAUUUUCAUAUUUAGCUGCCAUUUCUUUCUCGUGUCUUGAUCUGAUAUGUAUGCGCAUCGGUAAUGUAGUGUCGUGUGUGUUUUGGAGGAAACAUUUUUCAAAGCGGAAUGGCGUUUGAACAGUUUUUUGUGAAAAUGCGACACCCAUGUGAGAUGUCGUUCGUGAUGCUCAGAAGAGCGUAUGUCACAGCUUCAACGACCCACACUGUCGAUGCUAACCGAAAAAUAGGAUUGAAAGCAGCAGAUAUCGCGAAAAGACUUAGGAGUGAGAAACAGAGACCGACAGAUAUAAACAAAGAGGUUCCGCUGUCCCCUUUACAGAAGAGAGUAAAUGAACUCAAACAGCUGACACAACAGCUACAGUCCGUGCACCCUAGUGUUUUUGCAAAGGCACUUUACAGGGGCAUCCUUUAUCAAGACAAAAACAUACUUGCCAUUAAUAAACCAUAUGGUGUGCCUGUUUAUAAUGUAGAUGGGAUCAAAAACAGCAUUACUGAGUGUCUACCUUUGCUGGCAAAGAUAACCGAUGACAUGGCGGCAGGGUCACAGUUUCACCUCUGUCACAAUCUGGAAAAAGAAACUACCGGAGUUUUGAUUUUGGCUAAAACUAAGGAAACUGCUGAACAUGUACAAGCACUCAUCAGAUCACACCAAGUAGAAACGAAAUACUUAGCGGUUACUGUGGGUGUGCCUGUUCCAUCUGAGGGAGUCAUUGACAUUCCCAUAAUAGAGAGGGAGGUUAUGGGACCUCAGCCGCACUUUAAGAUGGGUCUAAGCCCAUUGUUCAGAGUGCAUGAAGGUGGAGAUGGAGUGAGGAGGGUGAGAGCUCAUCGGCAAGCACAAAGUGCAGUCACAAAGUAUCGAGUUUUAGACAGCACAAGUGGAUGCAGCUUGGUUGAACUGCAGCCUGUCACAGGAGUGAAAAACCAACUUCGAGUGCACAUGGCUCUUGCUUUGGGCUGCCCUAUUUUGGGAGACCAUAAAUAUGCUAACUGGAACAAACUAGCACCGCAGAAGUUGCCAGAGGGCACGCUACGACGCCUGGAUCUGGCACAGAGUAAAACCCGAUACCUUCCUCUUCACCUACACUCCCGAAAGAUUGUUCUGCCAGGGUUCAAAGGUCAUGAUGAAAUCACUGUGUCCUGUCCCCUUCCUAAAUACUUCACCAAUGCUUUAAAAAGACUACAGAUCCCACUACCAGGGAAGGAGUGAAAUGGAUCGCAGGGCCAUUAACUCAUUUUUUUGGCGUUGUAGAGAUUGAGAAAUUAUUUAAUGAUGCAAAAACCAGGAUACUGAUGUUGUCUGAAGUUUUUUAAGGCAUUUUGACAUUGUGUGUGAACUUUUUCAUUAAAAGACAAACUGUAAA